CACAGCUGUAAGAAAGCCCUUUAUGAGGUCAUCAUCCCCCACUUGCCAUCUUUCCCCAAAUGCAGACAUGCAAGCUUUUAAAAACACUUGAGAAGCUACCAUGCCUCGCUUUGCAAACCCUCUUUUCAGAAACAUCAUUAACAGAAGUCAAUUUGAUGGCAUCAAGAGGACACAAUGCCUCCAAUAUCUGAAAACCCUGAGAACACUGCAAUAUGAUGGAUUUAAGACCAUAUAUUUUGGGGAAACCAGUAUCCCAGAAAGUCUCGUAACUGGGGAAGAUGUUAGUGAUGGACAUUACAUGCAAACCCCAAGCUGGUGUAUUGUUCACGCUGGUGGUAGUCAGGGAUGGGUGCCUUGGCAAUAUCGGAUGUUCCUAAGAGAUGAGCUGUGUGUCAAACAAGAAGACAGCCUCUUCUCUGAGUUCUGUGACAUGGUGAGGAAGGCCUAUGGAAAGUGUGUUAUCGUGGUCAAAGAAAGAAGGCAGCAGGAAGAGCGGAGGCCAAAGGAAGACAGAGAAGCUGAGGGCCAGUUCUGUAUCCCUGCAGUCAUUAACUUAGCAAACACUGUGUGUUGCCCAGAGGUGGCCAAGUCCUGUGGCCAUGAACUACUCUCUCUGCCUCCGCCCUGCAAUUACCUGAAUCCUUUAGACUCAGCCUGGUCUUGUCUGAAAUGGUUUAUCUUCAAUAACAGAAAAGAGUUUUGUUUGCAGUCCAUUGACGAUGUCUGUUCUUACCAAUAUAUACUUUUCAGCAGUUUAAUUACCGAAGGGAUUGAAAGGAUAAACCCAAGCAAGUGGAGAACUUUAACUAGCAGAGUACGGAGAUGGGAAAACCACUAUCUUGGGAAAUGUUCUUAAGGGCGAUUCCUCCAACAAACAAUGAGGCUGCUGUGUGUCAG